AUGCUCGUUCCAGUCACCCGUAUGCUCAUAGCAGGACUUCUUGCUGGGGGUCUAGCACAUCGUGGUCUUAAAAAACAAUCACUGGAUGCAUCGGGUGCCAUUGCUGCCUGUUUUGUGGGGUUCAUGACACUUGCAUCGAGCUAUCGCUUUGGUCUCCUCCUCUUCGGUUUCUACUUUUCCAGUAGCAAGCUUACCAAAGUACGAGCUCAUUUCAAGCAACAGCUUGAUACCAACUACAAACCCGGUGGUCAACGAUCGGCACGUCAAGUACUGGCUUGCAGUCUCUUGGCCACCUUUGUGGCUAUCUACUAUAUCCUUCAGUUUGGAGACGACGAAGUGGCUCUCAAUUUCCAGACCGCUCCAAAGCAAAGCUAUCUGUUAGCGAGCUAUAUUGGACAUUACGCGUGCUGCACGGCCGACACGUGGGCCUCGGAACUCGGGGUGCUUAGUAAGAGCGAGCCUCGACUCAUCACGACGUUGAAACGGGUGCCACCUGGUACCAAUGGCGGUGUAUCUGUGCUGGGGCUGGUUGUAUCAGCACUGGGAGGAGCUUUCAUUGGAGCUCUAUACUACGUGUCGAGUUUGGCGUCCGGCUCGGCGCAGCUCCAGGUGAUCACGCUGGGGAUCAUGACCGGUCUCUUUGGUUCCGUGCUGGACUCGGUCCUUGGUGCGACGAUGCAAGCCACGUACUUUGACCAAACAUCGCGCAAAAUUUGCGAUGGGAUGGCAAACGUCGACCACGUUUGUGGAGUCAAUUGGUUGAGCAAUGAGGAGGUCAAUGUCGUGUCUACACUGGUGACUACAAUUAUCAGUGGAGCGAUGGCAAGCUAUUUGUUCCCGUAA